CUAAUUAGUAGCUACCAUUUUGCAAAAGUUUUUGCUCAACACGUGCUCGGCGCUUGAAUUUUGGGUUUUAAACUAUAUCAAAUAAUUGCAAUGGCAGAGGAAUCAUUCUAUGGUGUUACCCUUAGCGCGGAAAACAACAGCGUCACCUGGGACGUUGUCGCCGAGGAGGACUAUGCGCGAGGCCAAAAGCUGGUCAUCAAGCAGAUUCUGCUGGGCGCCGAGGCAAAGGACAAUGAAUUCAACGUGGUUGAGGUGACCACAAUGAAGGAUUCUGUACAGAUUCCCAUUGCCGUGUUGAAGGCUGGUGAGACACGAGCCGUCAAUCCCGACGUUGAGUUCUACGAAUCGAAGGUGACGUUUAAGCUAAUUAAGGGCAGUGGACCCGUCUAUAUACACGGCCAGAAUAUCAAGGACGAUGUUGAGGUUGUGGAUAUGGAAGAGGAGGACGAUGAGGACGAUGGCGAGGACGAUGAGAUUGAGCAUCCAAAGAAGCGCGCCAAAAUCGAGCCCAAUGCCGAUGGCAAAAACGCCAAGAACCCGAAGAAGAAGUAAAUCGCAAUCAAUGAAGAUGUGGAAGAAAGAUGUCUCUAAGCUAAAUCUGUAGAUUUUAAAAGUGUUUUAGGCCCUAUAAACAAUAUACAUUUACAAUACAUAACAUAACA